CUUUGAUUCCGGGCAUGUCAUGUUUUGUAUGCGGCCCGUUACAUCGACCUCUUGGAGGACUGGUUUAGAGAAAUGUAAAAUGCUUGCACCCCACUGUUAAUGCCGAGAUUCAACCAUAACCAUUUGGAACGCCGAACCUUGAGGACUCCACUUUCACACUUUCUUCGGUCAUCAUGAGAACUUGGCUGUUAGUCCUGUGCGUGCUGACGGUGGUGGCAUCCUGCUAUUCUCAACAACAACAACUUUACAACCGCUAUGAUAAUUUCAAUGCUGACUCCAUUAUUCAAAACGAGAGGAUCCUUCUCGCAUAUUACAAGUGUGUCAUGGAAAAGGGACCGUGCACUAAGGACGGCAAGAAUUUUAAGCGUGUCCUGCCAGAAACUCUGCAAACAGCUUGUGGAAGAUGUUCUCCAAAACAAAAGUCAGUCGUGAGAAAAAUGCUUUUGGGCAUACGAUCGAAAAGUGAACUCAGAUUCGUAGAACUUCUAGACAAAUACGACCCCACCGCAGUCAAUAGAGAAGCACUUUAUAAUUUUUUAGUGACUGGCAAAUCUAAGAUGUUGAAGGUUAUUGCAAUUCUUUGUUUGUUUAUGUAUGCAAAUGCUCAAGAUAAAUAUGGAUCAAUCGACUCUGACAUUAAUCUCUCCGAAGUGUUGAGUAAUGAUCGAUUAUUGGCAUCGUAUGGAAAGUGUUUAGUUAAUAAAGGACCAUGCACUCCUGAAGUUAAAAAACUAAAGGAUAAGAUUCCAGAGGUUUUAGAAACGAAAUGUGAAAAAUGUAGUGACAAGCAAAAGGAAAUGGGUAAAACGUUAGUAAAGGAGAUUAAAGCUAAACAUCCAGACAUUUGGUCAGAUUUGGUCUCGUUCUAUGACCCACAAGGAAAAUACCAGAAAUCAUUUGAAGAAUUUCUUAAAGACUAAAAACAAACAAAAAUAACAAUAACAAAUUAACAAGCUAUCAAAAUUUAUUGUAUAAAUAAUCUCU